AAAUUGCACUGCCAAAGGAGGAGAUAUCAUGACUGAUAAGGGCAAACUGUCUGUGGCUGUUGUCUGUUCCUCCAACAUGAAUCGCUCCAUGGAGGCGCACAAUUUUCUGGCCAAGAAGGGUUUCAACGUGCGCUCCUACGGCACCGGCGAGCGCGUCAAGCUGCCCGGCAUGACCUUUGACAAGCCGAAUGUUUACGAGUUCGGGACCAGCUACGAGGACAUACACCGCGACCUGGAGUCUAAGGACAAGGAGUUCUACACACAAAACGGUCUGCUGCAUAUGCUAGACCGCAAUCGCCGACUGAAAAAGGCCCCAGAACGCUUUCAGGAAACCAAAGAAAAGUUUGAUAUUAUUGUUACCGUAGAGGAACGUGUCUACGACUUAGUGGUGUUGCACAUGGAAUCCAUGGAUUCAGUCUACAAUCGCCCCGUUCACGUGCUAAACGUCGACGUGGUGGACAAUGCCGAGGAUGCUUUGAUGGGGGCAUUUCUGAUAACAGAUAUGAUUAAUUUACUGGCCAAAUCAAAUGAUCUCGAUAAUGAUAUUGAUGAAAUGAUACAGGAAUUUGAAGAGCGUCGCAACCGAGUGAUCCUGCACUCAGUUCUCUUUUACUGACGACCGACAUUCAUCAAUGGUACUUGUAUUUUUCCUAUCCAUCACCUGCGCUUUAGCUACAUAUACUACAGUCCAUUUGUGAGACGGAGUGAGGCGGGAUUUGCAGCAUACCAACUUUAAUAAUGGGAGCCAUAGGAAAUGUACAUAAAUUGACCGCGAAAGCGAGAUUUAGAUUAUUUAAACAACAAAUUGACAGAUACACACACAGACAACUGACAGCCCCAUACAUCAUUUGACACCGUUGUUGGUUUUUAGAAACUGCAUUCGCCCCAUAGAUAUGAUAUGUAUGUGUGUCUUACGACAAGUGACAGCCAUCACAAUACGCCGAAGGGUUAUCGGCUUGAAUACUUUUCAUUUAUGUCAUAUGUUUGUAUGUGUGAGCGUCCAACUCUUUU